AUGGAUAUGGCAGACCUGUCUCAAAGUCUUAGGGAAGAGUUGACGUGCGCGAUCUGUCUGGAAUACUUCAUGUCCCCAGUAACUAUUGACUGCGGACACAGCUUCUGCCAGGUCUGCCUCAACCAAACGUGGGAAGAGACGGACGGGCCUCUUUCUUGUCCAGAAUGCAAGGAAAUCAUGGUCCACAGAGACUUCAAGCCCAAUCACAGGCUGGGGAAGCUAGCCAGGUUAUCGAGGCAGCUCCACCUCCACUCGGGUUCAAGUUUUAGGGAAGAAACCCGCUGCGAAAGACACCACCAGGUCCUGAAACUCUUCUGCAGCGAAGAACAGAUUCCCAUCUGCGUGGCUUGUAGUCAAUCCAGGGAACACACGACGCAUAGGAUAGCUCCCAUAAAGGAGGCCGCCCAGGAAAUUAAGGAGGAGCUGCAAAGCACCCUGGAGAGUUUGUGGAACUAUUUGGAGGAAGUUCAGAAAUUCCUAAUCCAGGAGCGGAGUAAAUUUCAAUUGUGCACGGACAUGGUGGCGAGCCGGAAACAUGGGAUCAGGGUGGAAUUUGAGAAGAUGCGGCGCUUCCUGGUGGAGGAGGAAAAGUUCCACGUGUGGCUGCUCACACUGGAAGAGAAGAGGCUGUUGCAGAAGCUGGGGGAAAGCGAGGCUCGGGCCUGUCGGCUGAGCUCCUCCCUGAGACAACAGAUAACGGAGUUGGAGGAGGAGUGCGAGAAACCAGACAUCGACCUGCUGCGGGAUGGAAGGAGCCUAUUGAACCGGAUUGAACCCGUGAUUCUGCAGAUGCCCGAGGCCGUGUCUCUGGAUCUGAGGAGUGCGUGCCGUGUCCUGGGGAUGAGAGAAAUGCUCAGCAGAUUCCAAGCAGUGAAUGUAACUCUGGAUCUGAACACAGCUAAUCCUAGGCUGGUCAUCUCUGAGGACCGGAGGAGCGUGGCUCUUGCAGUCCCCAAGCAGGAACACAAUUCCGAGAACUCCAGCGGCCAGCCCUUCGUUCUGGGUUCCACGACCCUUUUCUCGGGAAACCAUUACUGGGAAGUGGAAGUGGGUCGCCUGGCUGCGUGGGCUCUGGGUGUAUGUACGGCCUCUGUGAAACAAAGGGAGACAACCGUGGUGUCACCUGCAUGUGGAUUCUGGGUCAUCAGCCGGGAGAAUACAGACACAUAUACGGCUUUAUCUUCUCCAGAGACACCGCUCAUGCUGAGAAGUCUGCCCCGCAAAGUGGGGAUUUUCCUGGAGUAUGCAGCGGGGAAUGUCUCGUUCUACAACAUCACUGACAGAUCCCACAUUUUCAACUUCUCCUCAUGUUCCUUUUCUGGGCCUGUCAGACCUUAUUUUAGCAUUCUGCCCACCCGAGAUGGUGGUCAAGGCAUGUCUCUGACCAUCACGCCGGUGGACUUGUGCCGGUGA